AUGGAGCGCCGCCGUCGCUGCUUCGGCCAGCGGCGGCGCCGCUGGCCGUACGUGGGUUGCAACUCGGCUGGGCGCGUCACGCGGCUCCACCUCGCCAGCACCAACAUCACGGGUCCCAUCCCGGACGCCAUCGGUGGCCUCUCCAGUCUCGCACGCCUCGACCUCUCCAACAACACCAUCACCGGCACAUUCCCGACGGCGCUCUACCGCUGCAGGUCGCUCCGGUACCUCGACCUGUCCUAUAACUAUAUCGAAGGGGAGCUCCUUGAUGGCAUUGGGCGUGGCCUUGGAGAAAACCUGAGCCUCAGUCACAACAGGUUCAAUGGCGUCAUACCGGCAUCCCUGUCCAGACUUCGAAACCUUCAGUCUCUCUGGCUCGACAUCAACUGCUUUGUGGGCACUAUCCCUGUGGAGCUCGGUGAUCUGAAAAGCCUUAAGCAGUUGCGGUUGUCGGACAACCCAUUCGAUUCUGGCGCGUCGUUCAAGAAUCUGACCAACCUAGUUGAUCUCCGGGCUGAAAAUUGUAGCCUCGUCGGUGACUUCCCAAGCUACGUGGUUAGAAUGUCAAAGCUGGGGGCUUACCGGCUCGGGAAGCACUCAUCGUUCUUAACGGUUAUUGGGGUUAUCAACAAUGAGCUCACUGGUGCGAUCCCAGAGGGGCUGUGCGCCAAAGGUCAGUUAUCUUUCCUCAUUGCCUCGAGCAACCGUUUCAGUUGCUCGAUCCCGGCAAGCCUCGCCAACUGUGUCUGUUUGAAAGCACUAUACCUAGAUAAUAACCGGCUUUCUGGCGAGGUGCCAGACGCUCUAUGGACCGCGGGGCGCCUUAUAGAAGCGGUGGGGCUACAGAAUAACCGGCUCAGAGGAAGUCUCCCAACAAUGAUGCCCGAUAGACUUAGGACACUAGAUAUAGGGAAUAACCAGUUUGUUGGCAGAAUUCCAACGGUAGCUGUCUCACUUGAGGACUUCAGUGCUGAGAACAACCAGUUUUCAGGCGAGAUACCAGCCAAUCUGGCCGACGGCAUGCCGCUGCUGCACACGCUGAACCUGGCCAAUAACAAACUCUCCGGCAGAAUAGUUAAGCUACUCUGCAGGGGCUGA